AUGACCGAUCAAUUCGCCUUCUCCUACCCAUCCCCGCUGGAGGGCUACGAGAACCUAGAGCCCCUGUCAGACGAGCGAAAUGAUGACGGCAAGUCGCUCAAGAACCCCCAACACGGCAUUCUGAGCAAAGCCUAUGAAGAAUUCCCCGAUCCGCUUAGCAAAGACCGCCGUGGCGGCUUCGACAUCCAUAUCUAUCAUUUCCAGACUAACCCAGAACAAGUCUCCCACGCGAAAGCGCUCUGGGAGCGCAUCCGACGUGAAUUCCCUGAGUUGCGCAUCUAUAGCUUCUUCGACAGGCCUGUUGGCCCGCACCCAGUCGCCAUGUUCGAGGUCAACCUGUUCACACCGGCGCAGUUCGGCGCGUUCGUUCCCUGGUUGGUGAUUAAUCGGGGCCCUCUGAGCGCGCUGAUACACCCGAACACGGUCGAGACGGAGGAGGAGCGGAAUCACACGCAACGGGCGACGUGGCUGGGGGAUCGGAUCCCGCUGGAUCUCAGAAUCUUCAAGCUAAUGAAGGAGAAGCAGAAGGAAGAGGAGGCGGCGGCAGAGAAGGCGAAGCAGGGACGG